AUGAGAUUCGACCGACCGGCAUUUCUCGAGCGCAUUGCGCUCAUAUUGACGAUCACCAUCGGGUUGCCAUUCGAAAACCUCGCCGUGAGUAGAGUACUUCCUGUCGAUCCAGUUCACGUGCACGACGUUGCCGCCGAACGUGUCUCGCUCGAUGCCGACAGGAUCUUUCAGAAGCUCGUCAAAGGCAAGCGUGGAGGCUACUGUCUUGAGCAAAACGCCGUGUUCGCUAUGGCGUGGGGCGAGUUUCGCCUCACCGUGGACGCACUCGCCGCUCGCGUCGUCGUUCCUCCGUAG